CUUAUAUUUUUGCAGAAAUAUAGCGACAGUAAACGUGGAGAGUGUCAAAUUAAUUGCAGUUUAUUGCGAAUAUAAAUAUUGAUUGGUAGGACCAUGAGCAAGCACUGAAUACGUUAAAAGUAGACGGGAAAUGUCACUGAAACAUACAGAGGUGAAACAAGAUUUUCACAAAAUGGAACUGAUUAACGUCUCUUAUCUAAUAGCCAUAUUUUUGGUUUUCGGAAUUUGCAAUGGUUGGUAAACUAAAAUGAUAUUAAUUAAUGAAUUUUUAAAAAAUCAUUAAUGAGAUAAAAAAUAUAAAGUGUUUACAAAAAUGCAUGUGUAUUGAGUUUCAAUAAAUUCCUAUUACAUUAUUAAAUGUAUCGUUAUGUUUAAAAAAAAAACCCUUAAUAAUGAUAUUAUGAUAAUAAUAAUAACAUAUUUUAAAAAAUAAAUAAUGCCCCUCAGAGGUGGUGAUUAAAUAGAAACAAAGGCUAAAAAUUAUUUUUAAAAUGAUCAAAAUUAUUGUCUUGUUAAAUCUCCCAUGUCCAGGCAUCAAUCUUACAUUUAGCCACCAACAAGCGACGCCGGCCAACGACAACGUCUGUGGUAUUCUACGCUGUCAACAAAGUGUUAACAAACAGAUCGCAUCAGUCUUGGCAGUGGAGAUCGUCGACGUUGCCAGGAGAGGUACCAAAUUAUUGUCCGUAUCCGUACUCACGAGUCAUCAACCGCGGACAGACAGCACCGUUAUUUUGAAACAAUCACACUUCUCUACAGACGGCGCCACGGUUGAGUUGUUCUUUAGAAGUAAAAAAGAUUGCGCGGAGGGCGAAUUCUUGUGCGAGGUUCGUUUCAUCAGUUCAAGUUUCAGUGUUGAGAGUGUUUUAACCGUGACAAGACCUGCAGGGCAGAAUUUACCUGUACAAGCUGUUUUAAACAACUUUGUUGAAAAGUUAGAAGACCUUCUGAGCUCACAGUCUCAAAGAAUCAAUGAGAGCUUGGAGAGUUUUCAAAAGGUAUUUACUUUCGAUGCUUCCCAUCAUACGUCUUCAUUGAGUAGUAUAUUAUGCUAAUUUCAUAGAAAUAUAUAUAUAUAUAUAUAUAUAUAUUUAUAUAUGUAUGUGUCCAGGAGUGCUUCUACCCACCCGCCUCUUCCCGUUAGCUGGAAGAGGCAGACGCCAGUAAAAAAAGCGUCAAGAUCACCUGGGCACAACAAAAUUGACGCUACAAAAUAUGUAUGGGAUUAUUAAGAAUAAAUGAAAAAAGAGAAACGUGUAAAAGGUAACUAGGUUUUAAGUAAUUCAUUUAUUGUAAGUAUGAUGAAUAAUUUUGCAGACAGAAUUUCCUUUCAGUUAGUUAAGAGCGACAUCCUCUGCCCAAACAACAUCCUCAAAAGUCAAUGGAAACUUGCUUUCCGUGGUACGGCCGGGAUAAAUAAGUCAAUGUACUCUGCUUACAAAGACGGGACUGGAAUACCUGUACAUGUGGAAAGUGGGUGCCAACAGGUUGGUGAAAUUGAUCUUUGCAUCUACCAUGAAGGUUUCACUAUGAACCAUGCGCAUGAAUUAUGCCUUGAAAUUUCGUAUUCUUAAAUUUCCCCAUGUCCUAAUGUAUGAUGACCAUUCAUUUUUUUAGUUUAAAUCGUGAUAUUGAUAACCUUGGAUUUUUAAUAGAUUUGAAAAUAAGUCUUAGUGUAGUCGCCUUAAUUUUAAUUUUUCGUCUCUUUACUUUAUAUAAUAUAGAAAAGGCAGCAGCGUAUCUAGGUUUAUUGUCGAGCUCAUAUCUUGAACCGGCCUCACCCCUUCCUUCGCCACAGAGGAAAGGAAAUUUUUUUUUUAAAAGAAAUAUUUCCAUGAUUAAAAACGCUUCAUAUUUUGAUCAAGCAGAUAACUUCCAACUGUUAGAUUAUUUCUUCCAGUUGGACUCGUCUCUUCCAUGCACACACCACUACAGAAACAACGACAUUCUGGACAACUGGGGGACCAUUGAUGAGGUCGCAUUUGUGCUCUACAAGAACAACACGAAGGUGAAGCAUGUUUUAUUUGACGGCAGCGGGUCCACGUACCUGAACUGGUUUGACAGAAACAGGGUCAAGGACUCUUCCUGGACAGAUUUGAAAACGAAACCCGCAAACUACUUUAGCAUUAUUGGAGAAACCACUCCAAGUUAUAAUGGCAGGAAAUUCUUUAUAAAUCAUUCAUAUAACGGAUGUCCAAAUGAUAUCGGUUGGUUUGUUGCAAUUGACAACCAGAAUGGAGUCUGUCCGUGGGAACAAAACGAGGCACUCCCCGUGUUUCUAUACGCCCAGGGGAAUGAAGCCGUGAAAUGGACUGCUGGGAAGACAAGCCGAGCUGAUGUCCUCGCCAUCUUCGUGAGAUAUUUCAAUAUUCCUUGAAUCCCAAGUCAGACAGCGCCGAUGAUAUGACACGGGACAUACAUUUACACUCAUUACCUGCAUAUUCGUUGACCUCUGUCUGCUCUCUUCCUUUCUCUUC